AUGGCGCAAUUUCGGUCGUUCCCUGCCUGCUCGCUCUCCAUGCUUCCUUACCCCCAGUUCAUGAUGUUUCUCCGAUCGCAGCCUGCCAAUGUGGGGAGAAUGUCACUAGGAGGAGCGAAAUCCUCUAGCAUCAUGACAGCCUCUUUGCUCCAAACACGCAAUAUCACACAAAAGCAUAUCCUGCGGAUGCGGGAGGCGGAGGAAACGUGGAAAGGAUAUGCAGAGGAAAUCAAGGCUGGCAAUAGAAAGAGCUUUUUGGAACUUAUGGAAGAACGGGGAUUGGUCAACAAAGUUGUUGGUGAUCGAGAUGCAUUGAAUAAAAUGUGGACGGAAAGGAGAGUGGGCGUAUACGCUGGUGUCGAUCCUACAGCGCCGUCUCUGCAUAUUGGACACAUGCUACCAUUUAUGGUUCUGGCAUGGGCUUAUGUCCACGGUAUCAGGGCGGUUUUUCUGCUAGGCGGGUCCACAAGUCAAAUUGGCGACCCUACAGACAGAGAAGACCCCAGAGCUAAACAGGCCAGGGUUACGCGCAAAGAGAAUAUGGUGAACAUGCAUCUCCAACUUAAAACUCUCGGGAUGUCUAUUGAGAGGUACGGGGCUAAACAUGGAUACGCAUAUGAACCUAUAUGGAGACGGGCAAUCGUGAAUAAUAAUACAUGGUGGCUCAAGGAGCCGUUCAUGGAGGUCAUGAAAACCAUGGGAGAGAGUGCGCGAUUGGGGCCGAUGCUUGGGCGGGAUACUGUUAAGAAUCGUUUACAGAGCGGGAAAGGCAUGUCCCUGGCGGAAUUUACAUAUCCUCUCCUGCAAGCAUGGGAUUGGUGGCAACUCAUCCAACAACAAAACGUUUUGGUGCAAGUUGGCGGGUCCGACCAGGCUGGAAACAUUCAAUUUGGCAUUGAUGCAACGAAAUCUCUGAUGAAAGCGGACCAGGACUACUGGCGAAAGCAUGCUCCGAAACCUGAAGACCGGGAAAUAUUGGAGCCUAUGGGUUUUACUACACCUCUCCUCACAACCCCAUCAGGGGAGAAGUUUGGAAAGACAGCGGGAAAUGCUGUCUGGUUAGAUAAGGACAUGACUCCGACUUUUGACCUCUACCAGUUUUUCAUACGGGUUCCGGACGAGAAUGUUGAACAAUAUUUGAAAUACUUCACCUUCCUCCCUAUACCCGCAAUCAAGGAAAUCAUGGUACAGCACAUGGAGGACCCGUCUAAGAGAGUCGCACAACACAAACUGGCUUCCGAAUUCGUCGAACUUAUGCGGGGGCCCGCGGAAGCCGCCCAAGCUGAGAAGGACCAUCGAAGCCUUUUUGGAGGGCAAAUAUCCACGGCCCCAGAAAUGGAGGCCCGCCCAAAACGUGAUAUCAAUCUUUCAGAAACGAGCCCUUUUAAUGCGCCAUCCCCACAUGUUACUCUCCCAAGAUCAUUGGUCGUUGGACAAUUUUUCCACAAGGUUCUUUGGUCAGCAGGGCUCGCAUCAUCUAAGGCAGAAGCGAUGCGGCUUAUCUUACAUAAUGGAGCGGCUGUCGCAUCAAGAUCAGACUCCAAGGCCACUAUGGAUGACAAAUUGUCCUACGUUCCGAUCAAGACUUGGAACAAAGAUGCAACGGAAAAAUUUAUCAUUGACGAUUCUCUGCUGAUCUUGAGGAUUGGAAAAUGGAAAGUGAAGAUAGUAAAAAUCGUGAGCGAUGAGGAUUUUGAGAAACUAGGCCUACAAGCUCCAGGAUGGAGGGAGGAGGAAGAGGAAGCUGAGGUGAAAUCGGGCGAUCUGAGAGUCGAAUAA